CAAUUCUUGAAAACUGCCCUCGAAUUCUCGGAGACCCAAAAUCCCUCAGAUACAUCGGUCGCAACAUUCUACACACCAUCAUCCACCAGCAGUAAUCACAAAAUGCCCAAACGCAAGCUCGACGAGCUCAGUGCUCCCCCGCCGCGGCCGCGCGCCAGCGACACCCGCAAAAUGUCAAUCCACGGCACUCGCCUGACACAAAUGUUCGAGAACGGUGUACUAAUGAUUUCGCGCGGACUCAAGACAUCCCGUGGCUUCGAGCGACAGAAGCUCAGUCGCCGAGAGAAGACGGCAAAGCAGCAGAAAGAUGAUAAGGCUUUAGCGCGACUGAAGGAAGAAAUUGAGACUUUGAAGGGUCUCGACUACCAGACCGUCUCGGAGCGAUAUCUAUUCAAACAACUUGUCAAGACAAAGCGGAUUGCCGAGACACGAACAUUUGGCGAGUUCCAGCAAGUCAAGAAGGUGUCCCAGGAAGGCCCCAAGAGCACCGCUGAGGCUAACAUCCUCGCGCGACUGUUUAAAUCUACGCCCGUGCAAAAGGAAAUUCCUGGUAUUAUGGCCGGAAUCCGCAAAUUGUUGAGGGUAGACGAUAUGCCAGGUGGGAAACAGAAGGAAACCAGUAAGAAGGAAACGACAUCGAAGAAGAAGGCGACAAAGGACGCAGACGAAUCCGGGUCCGAAUCAGAGACAGCGAACACGAAAUCCAGGCGCGGGGAGCAGGUCUCUCACACUGAUGACAUGGAGAUCUCCGGCUCAGACGGAUCCGACGAUGAAGAUGACUCGCGAUUUGAUGCACGUUUGGCGCCAGGCUCUGACUCUGAGGCGGACUCAGAAUCUGGCGACGGACACGAAGAAGCUGCAGACGAUAUCUCCGACUCUAUCUCCCGCUCCCCUUCACCCUCCUUCUCAGCUGAAAACUCCCCACCGCCCAAGAAAGCAAAGGCAAUCAAAGGCAGCGCUGCACCAGUGCAGAGUACUACAUUCCUACCUUCGCUCAUGGCUGGCGGCUACUGGUCUGGCUCUGAAGAGGCUACUGAUGAGGAAGCCGAUGCGCAGCCCAAGCGCAAGAACCGUAUGGGUCAGCAGGCUCGUCGAGCAUUGUGGGAAAAGAAAUUUGGAGCUGGAGCAAACCAUGUCAAGCAGGAGCAGAUUGCUGCUAAGUACGGUGGCAGGGAUAAUGGGUGGGAUACGAAGCGUGGUGCUACCGACGGUGGCAGAGGGAGGGGAGGCAAGCGCGGCGGCUUUGGUGGUGGCUUUGGUGGUGGCUUUGGGCGAGGCAACAGGCAAGGUGAUUCUGGUCCUCAUUCUGGUGGACAGAGGUCUGUCAAGCCCAAGGGUCCGCCCAAGGACGAGGGUCCCUUGCAUCCUUCUUGGGAGGCCAAGCGGAAGGCCAAGGAGCAGGCUCCAGCUACGUUUGCCGGAAAAAAGGUUACGUUCGAUUAG